UUUGUGGGUGUCUUUUCUUGUGCUUUGUGAAUCAUAUCCGUCGACAGAAGAAACGUGAAUGCACUCUUCAAAAAUCCUGCAAUAAUUAUAUUGCAUGAGAGAAAUCAUUAUCGGCUUGGUUAAAUCCAUCUCACCACUGCUGAUUUUUGCUCUACAUGAACAAAAAAACACCUCAAAAAUAAUGGACCCCUCGAGUUGUGCAAGAUUACGAAACACAAAAUCUUUCAUCGUUAUUUUCUUCAUUAUUAUAAAUACAGCUCUUUCAAAUAUUUUACCAUCGAUCCUAUGGAAUACAGACAAUCCAUUUUUUAAGAAUAUUGGAGAUCAAGCAAGAACAGUAUUUCUCAAUAACAAGAUAACCUUUGUGUGUCCGAACACAGCAUUAUACUCCAUCAAAAGAAGAGAUCCAUUAAACAAAGAUGUUUUGUAUGCAAAUAUCUACAAAGUAGAUAAACAAGGCUAUGAUAACUGCAAUUCUACUGAUGGAUUAAAGAUACGUAUAUGUGACAAGCCUACUGAACUGAAUUUUAAAGAUGUCUUGAUAAACGAAGUUUCAUCAAUGGCAUCUAUUCCUGAAUUUCACAAGGGGAAAACUUAUUAUUUUAUUGAUACAUCCUCUGGAACAGAAAAUACUGUUAACAAUCGUAAUGGAGGACGAUGUAAAACACACAAUAUGAGGAUGAAAAUUUAUGUUUGUACAAAUUUCUCCGAUCCAAAAUGUCCCCAUGGAAACGAAGUUGUAAAUGGAGGCUGGUCUCCAUGGCAAGAGUGCAAAUUUGGAAACCAAAGUCGUCAUUGCAACAACCCCUCACCUGCUAAUGGAGGCUAUCCAUGCGAAGGGAAUAGUUCACAGUCCUGCACAUCAAUUAAGCCUACACAACCUAGUACCAUUAAUAAUUAUACAUCAGGGAAUAAGAAUUACAGCUAUGCUUUUACUCCAGAGAGAGGCAGGAGGACAUCUGUGGCUGACACCCUAGGAACACUAAGUGUGGGUGCUGUUGUUGCAAUAUUUCUUGUGAUUUUUAUUGUUGGAUGCGUUCUUGGUCUAAUUGUUGGUGUACUAGGAACACAUAAAAAGCUGAAACAAUUUGUGGUCAAAAGGAGACCAGCACGAUCAAAUAAUAAUGCCAACAGAAAUAGUUGUGCAUCAACUGCACAUUUUCGGCCUACAUCAUUUGCAAGUAUACUUACUACUAGCACAGGAAUUACCAAUUUUGACCCUCCAGUUGAAAAUGAUAAUUACGAGGCAGCCGAGUCAAGUAUCAUAUGAUGACAAUGAUUGCACGCCAAGCAUUGGCAGUGGUGCACUGGGAACAGCCCCUUUUUACCAGGAAUGAUGGUUAUGGUAAUGACAACAAUGAUGGUGAUGACACAAAUAAUAUAAGCAUAUUGAUAUUUAUUAGCCUUUCCGAGUUUGACAAAAAGAUUGGCUUGAGAAGGCAUCGCAGACCCAGUCUUACUCAAUCAACCUCAGAAUGCUUAAUUAUAGUGCACAGUAAUAAGUGCAAGACGUCAUCUAUAGGAUAUUGGUAAGCAAUAGUCCCCUUCACAGUUCCCUGCGCCAUCUUGAAAGGUAGCCGUGCCUUUGCAUUGAAGCGAGACGAAUGGCAAACUUGCAAUGAUAGAGACAUUGUCCAAGGUCCCUAACUUUGCAUGCUCACCGUUCGUCUCGCUUCGAUGCAAAGGCAAGGCUACCUUCCAAGAUGGCGCAGGGAACUGUGAAGGAGACUAUUGGGAGGAUGUUGGUAUGGGAUGUUGGUUAGUAUGUUGGUGGCAGGUUAUCGUUAGGAUGUUGGUAGGUUAUCAAUACGUUGUUAGUAGGUUACCAGUAGGUUGACAAUAUGUUAACAUUAGGUUUUCAGUAUAACAAAGUAUUGUUUACUUUGAAAAAAAAAUCAAUUACCAAAAUGGUUUGCAUGAACAGUCAAAUGCACAAUUAUUUUAUUUAUUACUGAGUGGACACCCAACUGAGACCACUUGAACAAACUUAACAUUAAAUUUAGCAUUGUAGAAUAAAAACUUCAGCCAAUCAGGAUCAUCAUAUUGUCUCAGCCAAUCACAAUAUUUCAUUCAUGUCAUUUAUACAAAAUUUCACUCAAUGCCGUGAUUGGCUAAACUUUGUUUGAGUGGUCCUCGCUAGUGCAUCUGCACAGUAAUACCUCUUACAAAAAGAAAAACUAUAGUUUCAUUCAUUUUAUACUUUAUUGUAUUUUUUUACGAAGCACAUAGUCUGUACAUAUAUAUAUAUAUAUAUAUAGUAUAAUUUUGAAAGAGUUAUAUGGAAGAAAAUAAACCUACUUUUUAAAAUAAAUUGUAUAUUUUUUAUUUAACUUUAUCAAUCUAAGUGUAGAGGUUUGAAGUUUUUAAAAAUAAAAUGCAAACUGAUUACU